AAGGUUAACCAUGCGGUUAAGUACUCCGACUGAAAAGAUCAGGAUUGUAUACAAAACGUGUUGAAACCUGUCUUCGUUUGGUCGUCUGUUUUUCGUUUGCGGUUUUUUUUUUCAUUGUCUUGGCCUCAGUCAUCACCUCAUCACUCACUCAGGAGGAGAUCAUCAUUACUCGCAAAUCACUCGAUCGCUCAUGGGAAUUAAAUUCUUCAUCAUUAUCGAAAUUGUUCAUUAAUAAUGGAUGUCGCCCAGCUUUUCAAUCCACUCAGUCCCCUCGUUCAUGUGCUGGACCAGUUGUCGGACCCCCUACCCCCUGUUCAUGGUCUGGACACAAUUUGGGAAUUUGACGAUAUAACUGGGGCCCCUAUAUUUCCAGAUCAAACCAAUGUUUGGAAGCGUUUUCUCCCGUCAACCUUUCUCACAACAAAUUUUGCGUCCACACCAGCGGGGAUAUCGUUUGUGCAUGGAAUGCAAAAUGGAGGUGAGAACUUCACUGUGGACUACGAUGCGAAUAAUGGCGAGUGUGGUCAAGCUCGAGUUAGUCUCCUUUCUUUAAUUCUUCAAAAUGACGUGAAGAAAAUUCUGCUUUAUGAUGCUGGCCGAUUCCUCAACGUGACCAAGACUGUUGCUCCACUGUUGCCAUACGACGACAUUUAUCCUUUGCAGGCAUUGAGGACCACAUCUCCUCGAAAAAGUAGUCCAGUUCUUCUUGCAGAGAUCAACCUGAAUUCUCAAAGGGGCUUUACUGGGGCCGGUACAUUUUGGUGUCGUCAUCCUUUGUGCACCCGGGGCCCGCUGAUGACAUCAUCGCCCGUGGUUCAAUGGGGCCCUGCUGCAAAUCAGGUGCUACAUUUGAGGUCGAGGUUAACAUGUUCAAGUAACAACACUGUAUCAUAUCCACUGUUCUGAGUGUUUACGACAAGGGGUAUGGACGAAUUACGUGGGUGAAAGCGAACGGGGUGAGGGGGAUAACAUACAUACGAGAAUUACGCAGCACGUUAAUCAAUUCAGCCAUCAACCCCACUCCAAUUCGUACAACCACAAGAGCAGCGAAUUUUACGGAAUUGUAUCGGGAAGGAUGGAGGGGAUUGACCAGGAUGAUGAUCAAUUAAUGAGGGAUCCUUAUGUUCACUUUAACUAUCUUCAUCGACCUGAGCACCGUCGAUAUACUAUACUCGAAGGAGGAUUCGUUAGCAAUUACCAGAGACGUGGCCAUGAAUAUUUGUUUGCAUUGAAACAUGGGGGUUUUGUAUACAAUCCGGAAAAUUUCACAGGAGCAUUGAAUCAUGUUUAAUGUUUCGUCGACUUACCUAGUAGAUUAAGAUUACGUAGUAUAUAUUUAUUUUUGUGUUUUUAUCUUAUUUCUGAAUCAACA